GACUGAACUCCCUCGGCAGGUAAUCUGACCGCAGGGUGACAGCUGGAGGUCACGGCAACAGACUGUCUUUACGGAGUAAAAACACUGAAUGGCUAUACUUUAAAGUUUAGGAUAAGAUAAAUUUACAUUCUGCAGGUUAUAAACCAGAUCUGGACAAGGUCAACAGCCUUUUAAUGACUUACAGACCCUGGCAGCGCAGUCGGUCGAACUGACGGACACUUCAUGCAACAGAACUUCAGGAUGUUUCCCCUGAUGAAUGAACUGUUCCUUCAGUCUUCGUUCCGACCCCUGAGUGUUUUGGUUUUUCACCUUCUCCUCACACACUCUCAAAGUCAGUCUCAGCUGAUUGGUCCAUCUCAGCCAAUAGUGGCAACAGUUGGUGAUGAUGUCAUUUUGCCAUGUCACCUGGAUCCUGCAGAGGAUGUUGGUACCAUGAUAUUGGAGUGGACAAGACCUGACCUGAAGCCUAUAUACGUCCAUAUGAGGCGUGCUGGUCAGGACCUUGUAGAUAAACAUCCCUCAUACAUAGGACGAACCUCACUGUUCAUUAAUGAACUGAAACAUGGAAACAUUUCACUGAAACUGUCCAAAGUCAAACUGUCUGAUGGAGGAACGUACCACUGCUUCAUUCCAAAACUGGAUAAAAGAUCUUCUGUUGAGCUUGUUGUUGCAUCAGGUGCUGCCUCCUCACCUGUCAUCAGUUUAUCAGGGACUGACAGUAACAGAGGAGCAGUGGUGUUAGAGUGUGAGUCUAAAGGCUGGUAUCCAGAGCCUGAGGUGUUGUGGCUGGACGGUGAGGGAAACCUCCUCUCUGCUGGACCUACAGAGACAGUCAGAGGUCCUGAUGACCUCUAUACUGUCAGCAGCAGAGUGACUGUGGAGAAGAGACACAGCAACAGCUUCACCUGUAGAGUCCAACAGAACAAAACCAACCAGACCAGAGAGACAGAGAUACGUAUACCAGAUGAUUUCUUUAAGGUCCAGUCCAGUUCUUCUUCUGUCAUCAUUGGUUUGGCUGUUAGUUUGGCUGUUUGCAUCGUGGUCAUUCUCUCACUGGUUUUUUGUCUGUGGAAGAAGAGACAAGACAAAACCAAGCAAAACGACUCUACAAGAAACAAAACUGAAGGAGGAGGAGAGGAAAUGACGCCCAUGAGAGAAACAGUGGACGGGAACACAAAUCAUCCUCAGUCUGGAGGAAGAGGAGCUGCUGCAUCCCGUUCUUCUUUCCCUCCAUGGAGGAUCAUUUCCACACAGAAGCUGCAGGAGCUGCAGAGGAGGACUCAGAGCCUGGAGGAGGAGCUGCAGACUAAAAAAGAGGAGGUUGAAGGCAAACAAAAAGAAAUCCAGCAGCUCCAGGAUCAGAAUCAUCAGCAGCAAACAGAGCUUCAGAGACUGAACCAGGAGCUGGAGAACAAGAACAAACAGCUGGAGAGAAACCAAACUGCUGCCAACGCACAGCUGCAGCAGGAGAGAGAGAGAAGGGUUAAUGCUGAGAGAGAAGUGGAGAGACUGAAGGAUCAGACAAAGCAGUCAGCAGAGACACAGAGUUCAACCACAGGAUCCAUCAUUGUGGAUCAGAUCGACCCUCAGGGCAAAUCCGUCCGUCUGAGAAACCAGUCUGAUAAGGUAACAUUGUUGUUGGUGUGUUUGAAUGAACAGUCUCUGUAGUGUAUAUGUGUAACAACAUGCUAACAAAGUUUCUAGUUAUUCCACACAGAGUCUGAGGUUAAACAUGGUGAGGUUCAUGUCAUUAAAGAGGCUGUUCCAGUUAAAUAACCAUCACUGAUGGAGAAAAGACCAUCAGCUCAUUUCACUGAGUCAGAACCAGAGGAGCAGACUUUGACCUGAUGAUGUUUCUAUUCAGGCUGAGAAAUGACAUGAAGACUUGUGUUACCUGCAGAGAGAAGACACCAUGAGUCAAUAUGUACAGAGGAAUCACACAGACUGAAGAUACUGUGGUGAUUUGUUAGUGUGUCUUUGUGUCGUCUCUCCUCUGCUCAAUAAUUAUCUCUAACACAGGAUCA